GUGAAAUGAUUCAUAAUCGACUCUGGAAACACCAAUGUGCUUUCCUUUACCGGUCCUACGAUUUUGCGUUUAUUGACCAUAAACUACUGCUCUCAGGUUGACUCAUUGCUCUCUCUUCACUCCCUCACUAUAAUUAAACCCCACCACAAAGAACCCUUCUGAUCACCAUGUUUUACUCUUUUUAGCUCUUCCCUUACUUCUUCAUCUCCAACUUCUUUGUUUACUGUUUGAUCUCAACGUUUUCUCUGAUCAUAUCUCUCUAAGCUAUAGAAAUGAAGAAAGCUGUGUUGAAAGUGGAGUUGCAUGAUGAGAAAGCCAAGAAAAAAGCCAUGAAGAUAGUCUCUGGUCUUUCAGGGGUGGAUUCAGUAUCCAUCGACAUGAAGGACAAGAAGAUGACAGUGAUAGGGGGCAUUGAUCCAGUAUGCAUAGUGGCCAAACUGAGAAAGCUGUGUCACACAGAAAAAAUUGCUUCUUUUUCAUAAUUCAGGGAGUUUUGAAAGCUGUGUUGAAAUUGGAGUUGCAUGAUGAGAAAGCCAAGAAAAAAGCCAUGAAGAUAGUCUCUGGUCUUUCAGGGGUGGAUUCAGUAUCCAUCGACAUGAAGGACAAGAAGAUGACAGUGAUAGGGGGCAUUGAUCCAGUAUGCAUAGUGGCCAAACUGAGAAAGCUGUGUCACACAGAAAUAGUCACAGUAGGACCGGCAAAAGAGCCUGAGAAGAAAAAAGAUGAGCCGAAGAAGCAAGGAGAUCAGAAGAAGAAAGAUCAAGAUCAGGUGGCUUGCCAGGCCUAUAAUCCUCAUAUGCCCCCAUAUUAUUAUGUUAGAAGUGUAGAUCAGGAUACUCCAAAUGCUUGUGUCAUUUCUUAAUUUGUUAAUUAGACGUUAAAAACAAAUAAAUAUAUAUAUAUAUAUAUAUAUAUAUAUAUAUAUAUAUAUGAAAUAAGUGGAAAAAAUAGCUUUCACAAUUAGUUGGUGAUUUUGAAAAUUUCCGGUGUUAUUAGA